AUGUCCGACUCGGACCCGGUGUUGAAAAAAGAUCGACGAAAGUGCUACGAGUCGCGCGACAAGUUCUUCGUUUGCUACGAUAUCCAGAAGGAGGCUGGGAAAAGUGAAGACCAGGCAAUUCGAGCUUGCCGAAACGAGAAGAAGCUUUUCGACGCAGAUUGUCCCGCUUCUUGGGUUGGCCAUUUCAUACGGAAGCACAACUUUGAAAAGUACAAGGAGCAGCUGAUCGCACAGGGGGUCAACAUCGCCGAUAAAAAUGCUCUGGAGGGGAAUAAAAAGCCGUUCUUCUUCGCCUCGUUUGUAACUCUUCGUCUACUAUUUAUGUAUGAAAGUUUUUCAACCCGAAAUUUUGCCUUUCAGAACUCGCCACCCAGAUCCUCAUACAGUUCGACGGCAGUUGCGGCUCCUGUCCAACGACAGCUACUCGGUUUUACCAAGGAUGCCGAACGUCUCACCAUAUCCGAUGAACGUUUUGUGCAGAAGCACUUAUUUAAUUCUAAGUCUACAAAAAUUACUCCCCUGAUCGCACAAAAUUUGAUGACAGUAACUAGAAAAUAUCAUUUAUACGACGAUGGUUUUACGCUUCUUUCUCGGAUUCUCGACCCAAAGUCCGGGAUCAAGUUGAAUAUAUCGACGCUGGUUGAGGCCUCGAUAUUUCUGGGGAAUUUAUGCUGUCGUCGAUUGAAAGACACGGACCAAGUGUACCCGUUGGCCCUUCAACUUUGGCAAUUCUACAAGACACUCAAGUUGCCCCCUCUUCUCAGCUCUCCUAUAGAGAUUUCUUUAAAUUAUGUGAUGACGGUACUCGGCGCACCUGAAGCAGUCGCACCUAAUCGAAAUUUAUUACUCGACAAUGGGAGACUGAAAGAAAGCCACUUCUUCAUGGCUUUGAUGCAUUUGGAAAAUGUGGCUGCAACAUCGGGCGCUAUCAAAGAAGAAUGGGAUUAUUUUAGGCUUUCUUUCAACGAGAGUCGAGCCUCGAUUCUCUCAAAUCCUUGUCUCUUUAUCCCAAUUUUACAGUGCCGGACUGGCAAUAGGGAUCUCUUGCUUCGGAUGACGACCGAUUGGCUCUACGAGACACUUUGUGAGGCUGCACAACCAAUAGCGGGGGCAGAUUGGCCGUUCCUAGAAAGUUUGAACAAAUCUCUAAAGGUCAAUUGCACCCGCGUUCGUGUCAAAAAUGAUGGAUCCCUCGAUUUACCAUCAUCACUAGCAAAACGAUUUGCUCAAGUGCUAAAAUUGCCAGCCCAGGAACUUCCCGCCACGCUAAUUCCCGAUGUGCUUUCAUACUUACGCGACAAGCUUUCUACAAUGAAGCGUGAGAGAGCUGAAAUUACGCUGAACGAGCUACAGCACCUUGAAAAACGCAUGGUCCAGCUGAAGUCCAAGUUAAAAGAAAAGCAACGAGUAAUCAUUGUCGACACCCUGAAUCUCGCCUACAAAUCACGAAAGUUUGAUAUGGCCUGGGUCGGCCCCUUCAUAAGAUCCAUGGAAAAACACUUUGCCGCAAUUGUCUUCAUCACGAAGCCACACGCAAAGACAGCUCUCGCCAAGGCCCUUCAUCAAGCGAAGCCGAACGACAUUGUUGAGGUCUUCAGCUCUUUAUCAGAUCGGGCCCACGACGAUUUGUUGUCGAUCUUUGCAGCCGGGCGGAUCGGUGAACAAGCCUGGAUACUGACCAACGAUCAAUUCAAGGCUCAUGUCGAAUUAUUACGGGAGGAUGGCGAUUUCGCCGCCAGCGAGAAGCUGGCCCAGUGGAUCAACCGGCGGUCGAUUCGACACUCUGGCGAUCACAACUCGCAAUUUGCAUUUGACGAAAUCGCGUUCUUUAAUCGUGAUGUGAGAUGGAUUAAUUGCCAGGCCCCAAUCGAUAAGGUGUUAUUUCUACCAGUGUGCCACACUACGGAGCAAGGACAAAUCCAAAAAUACGAGUACCACGUCGCCUUCCUCCCCAGC